CAGUGGAGUCAGUGCGUGCGUGCGUGGGAAAUUGACACGGGGAGCUGCAGUUUCGCUCAAAGGAUCUGGCUGUUUUUUCUUUUGAUCGACACCGAUUGCCAGGAAGGUCUUUCGGGGAGGAGGAAAGACCGAGAGCAAGCGAGGGACCCAAAAGGCAGCCCAAACCUUCCACGGACGAGGGAUACUGGGACUGUAGCGUUUGUACGUUCAAGAACAGCGCAGAGGCUUUCAAAUGCAGUAUGUGUGAUGUCAGGAAGGGCACAUCAACACGACCGUGCUAUGGCAGGACAGCAAAACAAUCAGGAUGUCACAGCCCAUCCCAAGGAAAGCCACCGGUCAGCAUCACCACUUCGAAAAGCCACCCAGGACGACCUACAAGAUCCAACCCAAGCAGCAUGAAGCCACGCCCAGUGUCUCAGUUGGUGGCACAGCAAGUAACCCAACAAUUUGCAUCACCCACACAACCAAAGAAAGAGAAAAAAGACAAGGGAGAGAAGGAAAAAAAUGAGAAAGAAACUGUCAGUAAAAAGAACAGUCACAAGAAAACAAGGCCGAGGUUAAAAAAUGUGGAUCGGAGCAGUGCACAGCAUUUGGAAGUGACUGUGGGUGACCUGACAGUCAUUAUUACAGACUUUAAGGAGAAAGCACGGUCAGCCCCAGCAGCCACUGCUACCUCGAGUACCACUGCUGACCAGCACAGCCUGAGCAGCUCCAGCUCUGACAACACAGAAAAAGGUUUGUCUCAAUCAUCGUCACCCAGAGGGGAAGGAUCAGUAAAUGGUGAAUCCCACUAAAGUACCAGCUGACCUACUUCCUUUUACUCACUCCUUGCUCAAUGGACAACAUCUCAACAACUUCAGUCCUCGGCAUUCGGUGUUAACACUGGCAAAUUGGGCUGCCUUCUUCAGUUUUGGUUUCAAUGCUUUCUAAUACUUGCGUACCAUCCUGGAACUCCUGCACUGUGGCAUGUUUUUGAGUGUAAUUUUCUAUAACUUAGAUUGGACUGCCUAAGUAAUGUGUUCAAGAACUGAAUUGUGAAGCAGCUGGCUUUAAUAUUCAGUGCUAUCUUCGGUCAAUUUUCAAUCGACUGCUGCCGUAACAAAACAAUUUCUGAAAAUUGUUUGCCUAGUUAAGUGCACCUGCUGGUACUUGGUGUGGUUAAAUAGGAAAAGCAUUCUCAAGCAUUUGUAUAAAUUCUUGCCAACGUUUUUUCAACACUUGUUAUUUGGAUGGGAAGAAAACACUUAGCCAUUAAAAUUGUGGCAUUACCAAUGUCCACUGUCAUUCAUUUCAGUAAGUUACAGUUUUAAUAUGUAGUUUUGGGCUAAUUGACCAGGUUUGACUGAGGAUACAGUCCAUGCUACUUAACUGCAGCCACUCGGGUAAAGGAAUUGAGUUGCUGUAAUAUAUAUAAAAAGGAGGGUCUUUUUGUACCCUUGUCUAAUUGGGUAGGGAACGCAGAAGAGUUGCUUGCGUGACUUUGUAGUUCAUGCAUGUCCUCUCAGCUGAGCACUCCCUGCAAGAAAGGAGAAAACGCUAAUAAUUAGAUACUUAGUAUUGUCUAAAAGUAGUUUUAAUGGUAUGUGUGGGAAUAGUUUAUGAUGUUGCCAGUUCUGGAAACUUCAAUUAAGGUGUUUUGCUGAUGUUUUGAAUUUGCGACAGUAUUUAUACGUAUUGUUGUAAUAAAUAAGUUAUGCAAGAACACAUUCUAUCUUUGAAGUUCUCUUACUUCUCUACCCUGGUUUUUAAAUAGCCUUCUGUUUGUGUUGUCACUGGCAAAAAUAAUUUUUUGUGCUGAAUCGCUGCAAAGGCAGGUGAACAAAAGCAUUUGUUGAAAUGUGUGGUCUGACAUUGAAUUGGUACUAGAUAUGUUUCUGUCUCCCCCUUUUUUUUUCUCCAUCUCAUGUUUUCCAAGCAAUACAAGAAAAAUACCUCACAGGAAUGAAAUAAUUUUUUAGAGAAAAAAAUGUUACAACUAAAAAAUAAAUAGAAACUUAAACAGAUCGGAAGUUAUUUAUUACCAGCAGGCAAAACACCUUUUUUUAGAAAAAUAUAAUGUAAAUGGUAACAAAAUUAGUGGGUGAUAUGGGGAGGGCCUAGCAACUGUGUAUGGUGUCAGAUAAUGUUCCAAUGUAACAUGCAAUAAGUGGCAUAGACUGUAUUUUCAGAUGUAGGUAUUUGAUACUAAUACCUGUAUUCAGUGAUUAUAGAUUGUUUUACAUGAGAUUUUUAUAUCCUUUAAAGAAAACUCUUGGUGUUCAUGCUGAUUUGUGUAGUGUUUGGUAUAUAUUUGAUUUCUAUCAGAAAAAAAACAACUCACAAUUAAAAGUUAUUUGAAUUAUAAAGGCCAGUAUCCAUUUUUAAAAGGGGAGGCUCUGGGAUUGAAAGGGAACAAUUGCAAUAAUUGAAUUGAAAUUUUCACAUAAAAAGUACUUGCUACUCAACAGUAAGUCGGAUCACAUCAGAUGUUAAGCACAUUACUCCGGGGUGAAGAUCAACACAAGUAAGUGACAAUAGUUGUGCAUUUUCCUGCUUUUAUUCUUCAACCUCCUCUCUAGCCCAGUUCUUUUGCUGCUGUUCCAUGCUGCACCUGAAGGUGUGAAUUUUUUUAAUAAGGAUUAGCCAAUAAGAGUCGAUAAGU